CCUCCUCGUGGUCGCUAUAAUGUGUGGUUCUCGCUCUCGGUGGGGCAUGUGGUGAGUUGUGCGUGGAUGCAGCGGAGAAUAGCGUGAAGCCUCCACAUGCGCUAGGUCUCUGCGGUAACGCUCAACAAGCCACGUGAUAAGAUGGGCGGAUUGACGGUCUCAGACGUGAGAUUCGUCCUCUGCCACCCGGAUUGAGGCGAGUCACUACGCCACCACGAACCUAGAACACAUUGGGAAUUGGGCAUGCCAAAUUGGGGAGAAAAGGGGAGAAAAUUUGCAUCAGGGUAAUAAAUAAUGCUGUUAAAAUUUUGUCAUUUACUAUUCACUUUGCACUUGACCUUACACUUAUGGCAAACCCCCAAAUAUGAUAAUCUGCUUGCAAGGUACCCCCUUCCUGAUAUGUAAAAGCGGCUAUAUAAUUGUAUGAAUAAAGGCCCAUUUAUACUGUGAGAAAAAUAGUAAGCGUUAUAUGCAAAUAUUUUUUUAUUUUUUUUUGAGAACGAGUACCGAUGCUCUUUUUAUUUUAUUUUUGUACUCACUGAUACAGAGUCGGAUACCUGUGUUUUUUUUAUUUUUUUUAUUUGGUGUUUAAAUAAAUAAUUUCCCUUUAAUCAAAUGAAAAUAUAACAAUAAUUUUCAUCAUGAUAUUGUAUUACUUUUAUCAUGUGCUUUUAUUCAGAACCUCGCAGCACAAUCCAAAAUACAACAUUGGAGUUAUUUUUGUAAAAUAAAGUGCUGCAUAACAGAGAUUGCUUAAAUAUAAUGAAAUUACUAUUGAGUUAUUAUUAUUAGUAGUAUAACAGUAAUAUUAUAUAACUCUACAGUAGUGGUCUAUUUCUGUAAUACUUUUUUCCCUUAAAUUGAGCUUUUAUUUUGAAGUGUUUUUGUGUUGUUAUGACCAAAGAGCUCUGACAUUAUUGCGGUUGCUUCCCACUCUGGAAAAGCCGGUCGCUACAUGAUUCAAAGUGAUUAUUAAACCGCAAAAGGCUGCUAUUUAGAAUAGAAGCCUUUAUUUUGGUCACACAUUAUACAUACGUUUUUGCAUAUAUACAGUGAAAUGUAUUUGUUUUCACAUAUCCCAGCUAAGCUGGGGUCAGAGUGCAGGUUCAGCCAUGAUACGGCACCCCUGGAGCAGAUAGGAGCAGAUAGGGUCAAGGGCCCAACAGUGGCAUCUUGGCGGUGCUGGGGCUUGAACCCUCGACCUUCUGGUCAGUAACCCAGAGCCUUAAACCGCUGAGCCACCACAAAUAUGCAGUCUGUAUGUGCCACAUGCUGCAAAAUGAAGUAGAGCUCUGCCUGCUGUCAUCUGCUACAAACAGAGCGCACAAUGCUCAUGAUGGUGUUUUCCGUGUAUGAGCCAAGGAUCUCUAAAAGGUUUACCGUACUGUCUCGGGGGACAAGGAAAGGUAUAAUGAGCGUAUGAUGGAAAUUGCCAGCAGACCAAAACAAGAGCCACAAGCAGCUGAGGUUGUAGCUAAAGUUGUGGCAGAAUCAAAAGAAGUGGAAUUAGAGCCAGUUGCUGAAGCUCCUACAAUGAAACCUGAAGAACCUGCUGAAACAGAACCUCCCAUAACAGAGCCUAUUGUGGAGUCCGCUGUAUCUGAAUCUGUUGUAGAAGCCCCCAUACAAGAGCCCAUCGCUGAAGUCCCUGUAACGGAACCUGUUGUUGAAGCCAUUGUAACAGAACCUGUCGUGGAAACCCCUGUAACGGAACCCGUCAUGGAUGCUUCAGCUGUUAUACAGAAUGAAGAAGCCUUAGCUUCUGUCGUUGAGAGUGAGCCGACACCUGUAACCAUUGCUGAGCAUGUGCCAGAGGCUCCUCCUGUUUCUGAGCUUGCUGCAGCUCCUGAACCUGCUCCUGCUGCUGUGCCCCUUGAACCGACCGCUGUGUCCUCUGAAGUCCCUGAACACACCCCCUACCUGCUGAUUGGUGGAGGCACGGCUUCAUUCGCUGCAGCUAGGUCUAUUCGGGCAUGUGACCCUGGCGCCAGGGUGUUGAUUAUUACAGAGGAGUCUGACCUGCCCUACAUGAGACCUCCUCUCUCUAAAGAACUCUGGUUCUCUGAUGACCCCAAGGUCACCGAAACACUGCGCUUCAAACAAUGGAACGGCAAAGAGAGAAGUAUUUACUUCCAGCCUCCCUCAUUCUAUGUCAGUCCCAUGGAUCUCACUAAAGUGGAGAAUGGGGGUGUGGCUGUGCUCACAGGCCGUAAGGUGGUUCACAUGGAUGUCAGAGGAAAUAAAGUCAAACUGAGUGAUGGUGCAGAGAUCUCCUAUGAAAAGUGCCUGAUUGCUACAGGUGGUGUGCCCAGGAAUCUUCAAGUAAUCGAAAGGGCAGGAGAGGAGGUGAUGAAGAGGACAACCCUCUUUAGGAAAAUUGAAGAUUUUAGAUCUCUUGAGAAGAUCACCAGAGAGGUGAAGUCCUUAACUAUCAUCGGUGGUGGGUUCCUGGGCAGCGAGCUGGCAUGUGCUAUGGGUCGCAGAUCCACUGACCUUGGUUUAGAGGUGGUACAGCUGUUUCCAGAGAAGGGGAACAUGGGAAAAGUUCUGCCUGAAUACCUGAGUAAUUGGACCACUGAGAAAGUCAGGAAAGAGGGUGUGAAUGUAAUCACGGAUGCAGUAGUGAAAAAUGUGAGCUACAACAAUGGGAAAUUGGAGAUCAGACUGAAGGAUGGACGACUGGUGAAGACGGACCACAUUGUGGCAGCAGUUGGUUUGGAGCCCAGUGUGGAACUGGCCAAAUCAGGCGGGCUGGAGGUAGACUCUGAUUUCGGAGGGUACCGGGUUAAUGCUGAGCUCCAGGCUCGAGCCAAUAUCUGGGUGGCAGGAGAUGCUGCAUGUUUCUAUGACAUAAGGCUGGGCCGCAGGCGUGUGGAACAUCAUGAUCAUGCUGUGGUCAGCGGCAGGCUGGCCGGAGAGAACAUGACCGGAGCCAGCAAACCUUAUUGGCACCAGUCCAUGUUCUGGAGUGAUUUGGGGCCAGAUGUAGGGUAUGAAGCCAUCGGUAUAGUGGACAGCAGUCUGCCCACUGUCGGAGUGUUUGCCAAAGCCACUGCCAAGGACACACCAAAAGCUGCAACAGAGCAAUCAGGGACUGGAAUCCGCUCUGAGAGUGAGACGGAGGCAGUUGCCGGGGCGUUAGAGGCAGGAACAGCGGCUCCUCCCCCUCCUGUCCAGCAGAAGGAGGAUUAUGGGAAGGGAGUGAUAUUCUACCUGAGGGACAAGGUGGUGGUCGGUAUCGUCCUGUGGAAUGUCUUCAACAGAAUGCCCAUCGCAAGGAAGAUAAUCAAAGAUGGAGAGGAGCAUGCAGAUCUGAAUGAGGUUGCCAAGCUUUUCAACAUCCAUGAAGAGUGAACAAAAAUCUCUCACAUUUUCUCUGUCCAUUCUGUCAAGGGCACUCUGCCCACAUCUAUGUCAAGUGAACUUGGGAAAUAACACAAACAAGCACACACAGAACAAACACACAGGCUUACACCAGCCUGGCAUCUGCUAUUUUGGCCUUGAACUCUCUUGAGACCAGGACAUGCAGUGCUGCCUCUGAGCCGCAAGGUGGCGCUUUGGAUUCAUUGUGCCCAUGGACUUGAUGGAACAGUACUGUCCAACUUCUUUUGAGGGAAAUCUAUACCUGUUGUUUGUAUUUUAUAAUUCUCUGUAGGGGUUUUUCCCUCUUGUGGUCUGUAAAUGUUCAUCUUCCUGAAUGCAGCCCAGAACACACCCUCCAAAUCCCCAAAACCACACAAGAGCUCCACUUUCAUUGAGUAUUGUAAUAAAGUUGCAUUAGAAACAAACAAAACCAGAUGAUAAACAAAUCCCUCUGGCACCUGCUUGCACAAUAUUUUUGUCUGAAAGAUCAAAUUAGCUAAUUCAAAAGAAAAAGUAAAUAAAAGUAAAUUAUUUUUAAAUA